AUGGAUAGUGAUGAAUUACGACCGGCACGAGCUGCUGCUAUUGCAGCUUUAUCUACUAUUUCAACUCUUACUACUACUGAUAUGUCGCUUUCUGAUCAUUAUGAUUUAUCAUCAGAGAUCUCAGAUGAAGAAAUUAUAAAUUUCGAAUCACAAUUUAACCGUGAAAGAUCAGUUGAACUUUCAAAUAAUUUUUCAGUACUUGUUGGUCAAUUACCCAUAAGAGAUAUCAGAAAUAGAAAUAUUGUUUGUGAAAAAAUUAAUGAUGCAUUUGCGAUUAUUCGUCAAGCUACUGAACAAGUAUAUAAAGACGAUGAGAAAAAAGACAAGUUAAAAAUUGAUGUUAAGCCAGAGCUGACAAUGAAUGAUGCGACAGAACUUAUUAAUACUUGUAAAUUUCUUGUUAAUAUCAGUGAUCAUUCAGAAAAAAUUAGAUUAUUUACAUUAGCUCCUAAAAGCUAG